AUGGUUUUAAAAGGAAAAUUCAAGAUGAUGCAGGUUUACAAUGCUUUGAUUGAGGACAGCAACAAGGUUAACUGGUACCAUAUGAUGCAACAUAAUAUUGCAAGACCUAGAGCUAAUGUGAUAAUGUGGCUUGUUUCCCAAGAUAGGCUCCCAACAAAGACAAGACUGAAGAGGUUUGGUCUACUGCAACUUACUAAUUGUGAGCUUUGUGAUGAGGAUGAAGAAACAAUGACACACUUGAUGUUUAAUUGCAAAGGAACUAUCAGCAUCUGGUCCAAAAUUCUGAACUGGUUGGAUAUCAAUGACAAUAUCUCAACUGGAUCAAAAGGAAAACCAAUGGGAAAGACUGGAAAAUGGGAUUACUUAAAGCCACUAUAG